AUGGAUCAGACGAAAGACAAGGAAUCAGAUACCCACGUAAGUGUUAAUCCGUCCACUGGAUUGUCCAAAACUGUCCAAAAACGCGGUGAUUAUCUAUCCUGGGAUGAUUAUUUUAUGAGUGUGGCAUUCUUGAGUGCAAUGCGUUCAAAAGAUCCAUCGACUCAAGUUGGAGCGUGCAUUGUAAAUCCUGACCGGAAGAUUGUUGGCAUUGGAUACAAUGGAUUUCCAAAUCGUUGUGGUGAUGAUGAAUUGCCGUGGGCACGUGAGAGUGAAACAAAUUCGCCAUUGGAUACGAAAUACCCGUAUGUAUGUCAUGCAGAAAUGAACGCCAUAUUAAACAAAAACUCAACGGAUGUAAAAGGAUGCACGAUUUAUGUAGCUCUUUUUCCGUGUAAUGAAUGUGCCAAGCUCAUCAUCCAGAGUGGCAUAUCUCGCGUUGUGUAUUGCUCUGACAAGUACAAGCACGACUGGAAGUUCGUUGCGUCGCGCCGGCUCCUGGACAUGGCUGGUGUGCACCUUACGCAGCACCAGCUUCAGCGCACCAAAGUCGUCAUCGACUUCACAUCUAUUCGGUAA